AAAAGAAAAAGAAAAAAUCGCAGCGGAGAGGAAGAAGAAGAAGAGUUGAGGAAGACGAAGAAGCUUGAGCUUUUUGUUAUUUCGGUUGAAUCGGGGAUCAGAUUAGAGUUUUAAAGACAAAGAGAUGGAAGCGAGAAGCGAACUGAAGCUUAAAGUUUACGAUAUUUUCAAAGAGUUUAUGACAGGGAUCACAAAACUUGAGGAACUAGGGAAUGCUGCAAACACUUUUCUUCUUCGGUUUCAGCUAGGACUCUCCUUGCUCAAACGCUCGCCAAUGGUCACUUCGUCCACUUUGAUCAAGAACCUUAUCAAGAACAAUGAAACAAGACGGCUAAAAUCGUAUAUAGAAUCCGGCUCUAUUAUCAUCGAUGAUGCUGCAAAAAGCACAAAGGCUUUGCAUAAAUCCCUAUCAGGACUUUCUGACCAUCUGAUCAAAGCUCAAAGCCUGUUAUCUGAGCUUGAGCGUCUCACCGAUGAGGCAAUUGAGACUGCAACAACAACACAGCUAGAUGUAGAAUCAGGUGAUGAGUUACGACAUGUAACGAGUGAUGAGGAGAAUGAGACUGUACAUUUUCUUCAAGAACCUGAAGUUACAGAGUACGCUACAGUUAUUGCAGUUGUUUACAGUAUGGUGAAGCAGAACUAUGUUAUGCAGGAAAAGAUUGUGAGAUCGCUUAGUUUGAAGACAUCAUUUGAUGAACUAGAUACUUACACUAUGAUGUGGUCAUUGCGUCCGUUUGUAGAAGACGAGAUUUUGAACAGAGCAUGGAAAUGUAUCUACUAGUACACACUUAUUCAGUUAAUUUUGUUUGAUAUUUUGUUUCCCAUUCAUAAACAAGGAAAGAAGCGAAUGUAUCAGUCGUUUACA